AUGAACUCCAUGGCUAUCCCCAUCCAGACGGAGAUGGUAGAGCUGGUGCCGAAUGGGAAACACUCAUCUUUAAAUGCUUCCUCCAUCCCCUCCGUGGGGAAUGACAGGUGAGCCAUAGCAACCUUGGUGUUUUAGACUUGAGAGUGAGAUUGCUGCGCUGAAGAUAAUAAAAUCUUCCUCAAUACAAGUCCACUCUCCUUCCCAUGAAAUUAGAGCUCUUUCAGUGAGUACAAAGCACUGCCAAUGACUCCUGGCCACCAUUCAGUAAUCAUUCUAGAGUAGAGUAGAUGAUAAUCUGGAGUGCAGGUGAGUGGGUGAUGAUAGUGCUGCAAGUGUCGCAUGAAAGACAGUGAUUUUGGACCCUGGUACAGCUGAGACUUUGGGCCUUCCCACAGAUCAGUUUAUAAAUUCAUACUUUUUUCUUGCAUUUUCUUAUGUUUUCUUACGUUGUUCUGUGCUUACUUCAAGGCUACAACUGGAUGUGAAAUUGUCAAGAAAGCUCCGGUUAUUUGUUAAGAGUUUCUGCUGAACUGUUAGCAGUCCAGAUCUAGACAAAUUUUAAAAGGAGGGGUAGGGUAGGGAAGAGAAACUUUGCAGCACAUAAUUCUUCACUAGAGUUUUAUUUAUCCAAUCACAUUUGCAGCUGUUUUCGCAGUGUAGAUGGGAUAUUGCAGUACAGCCAAUUGGAGAGGGACAAGGGGGCUUAGGACCCUAUCGCUCCUGCUUGCUUUCUUGGUGGCUUCUGUGUCACCUCUGUGAGCUGAUGGUGCUGUUUUACAGCAGAUCCACACCUUCUCAUAGAGUUGGUAUCAAGGAGUAGCAUUGAGUAAUUGUGUCUUGCCACCCUGGUGGUUGGAAUGUAGGAUGCUGCUACUUUAUCUCCAGUGUUAUUCAACAUACACGCUGGCCCUGCUUUCCAAACGCUCACUAGGUGAAAAAUCACUUAUCCAAACACAAGGAAUUACAGUGGUGCCCCACAAGACGAAUGCCUCGCAAGACGAAAAACUCGCUAGACGAAAGGGUUUUGCGUUUUUUGAGUCAUUCCGCAAGACGAAUUUCCCUAUGGGCUUGCUUCGCAAGACGAAACGUCUUGCAAGUUCUUGCGAGUUUGUUUCCUUUUUCUUAAAGCCGCUAAGCCGUUAAUAGCUGCUAAGCCGCUAAUAGCCGCUAAGCCGCUAAUAGCCGUGCUUCGCAAGACGAAAAAACCGCAAGACGAAGAGACUCACGGAACGGAUUAAUUUCGUCUUGCGAGGCACCACUGUAGUACCCAAACCUUGCUAUGCACACUGUGGAUUCAGAUAUCUGAAGAGCCAGAGUUUUCCUGUGUCCUUACUUGGUAGGCUGCAGUCAUUUUAGGAAGAAACCAUAGAGGGAAGGGGAGAGACAUUGGACAAAUCGUGGAUUAGAAAUGUUCCCAUAGGAAGUAACGGAAAUCAUCAGCUCGUUGUGCGAAGGCUCACCUAACGAAUGAUUUCCUGGGAACACAUUGUGUUGGGUAAGCAGGACCUGCAUGUAUAAGGAGAUUUGGGGCACAGUGUGAUCAGUAUGCUGGUGAUGCCUGUUAGGUUUCUGUUAUGCCACUGUGCAGUGCUUGGAGUCACAAGACUCUGUUUACAUUCCAGACUGUUGGAAGUCUCACAGGAGAUGGGAGACGGAUGUUGAUGUUGCUAGUUUCCUGUUUCUUUGUUCCAGUUGGUUCACUGACUCUCACAGAGAGCAGAUAUAUAUUCUUUUCUGUCCUGCGUAGUUAGAAAUAAAUGUAGCGAUGUAGCUCAUAUUUCCAUCUCCUUCUGCUGUUUGGAUACUCUGCAUAAUGAGGGAACAUGCCUGAAGCCUCAUUAAAGGCUUAGGUCGUUAAUCACCAUCAGAGGAGAUUCCGAAGACUCGACCAGAGGAGUAGCUCGGUCAAACGGAGUUCCAACAAUGCCUAGCUCUUUUUCUUUGUAACGUAUGAAUCGGCAGAGGCUAUACAUUGACCAACUGCAAGGGAAGACUCUUGAAGAUUCUAAUAUCUGCCCAGUUUGGCUAAGCAAGCAGACAAUGGGUAUAUAAGAGGAUACUCUGCAGACCACCAUCCCAUGUGCCCAAGCUCUUAGUAGGGAAACUUUCAAGAGGAGGGUAAUCACUUUAACAAGCAUUGUCCUUUCCCACCAUCCAGAUUUGAUGACAACCAGCCAGAGAUGGAGGAGUUCCUUCCACACGGUGCUGAAAAGAAACAGACUCAUUUCACUGAUGUAAGUACAGUACAGUUUCACAAUACAGAGGCUCAGGUCUCUUAAAUUCGUUUGGUUGGGAGCUAAGGUGUCAAAGCAGUGGGGCAUGUGAGGCCGGUAUUAUUCUGCAAAUGGGUUAGAUAGCAGCCAUGCAACUCCAUUCCAGAAAGCCAUCCACCAUCAAUUGCUACCUACCAGUAUAGGGAUUACCAGCCUUUGGGCUAAAUCCAACCUCCUCAGAGAGCCAUAUGGCUCCGUAGUCUUCAUCAUUUAGUUGGGGGGGGGGGUAGAAUGGAAGGCAAGAGAACUUGCCUGCAGGAAAGAUGGAGAGGAAAAACUAGUUGCGGACCUGAAUUCUGGGAACUGCACUAAGACAUCAUUCUAGGGGGAGCAGGAUUCCAUAGCACCCUUCUCAACAUUUCCCCUCCCAAACGUAAUGUAAGGAACAUAUGGGGAGGAAUAGGCCAAAGAGGGCUGGGGAAGAGGAGAUAAGACAGCAGCCCCAACUCCUUCCCAGCAGACUCUCUUUCUGACUUUCUCUCUGCCUAUUUUACUUUCCCUACAGUUUGAAGGAAAGACCUCUUUCGGGAUGUCCGUCUUCAACCUCAGCAAUGCCAUCAUGGGCAGCGGGAUCCUCGGUCUGGCAUAUGCCAUGGCCAACACUGGUAUCCUCCUAUUUCUGUAAGUGCCAUUUCCAGAAGAGCUAUGAAUAUAUGCAUACCAUCCCCUUAUAUCUCACUAGUAGCUUGGGCAGUCUGAUCUUAUCCUGCUCUAAAUGCUGUCCUUUUGGAUCAUUUUGGAUUUAGCAUUUAAAUUGCUUCAUCAAACUGGUAUUAGUUUUACUGCUGUGAUGUUCCUUCAGUGCUAGGAAGGCCUCCUUUAGAUAAAGAUUUUGCCAGCCAUCCCUUUCCUGUCCUUUUGCCUCCUCUUCUCCAUUCUUCUGCUUGAGCUGGCUCUGCAGAGUGUGGUGGCAGCAGGGAGUCUUUCCUUGCCAUGGCUUUGUAUGCUUUACCCACCAUGUCUCAGGGGAUGGUCCAAAAGCACAUGAGGCUACCACCUUUCUGAAGCUAAGCAGUUUUGGGUCUGGUCAGUGCCUGGAUGAGAGACCUCCAGGGAAACCUGUGUACGCCACUUUGGGAUCCAUAAUGGAAGAAAAGGCAAGAUAUAAAUGUAAUAAAAUAAAUGUGGAGAAGCACUACAUAUGGAUUGCUUCAAGCAGCACUCACAUGUCACUCAUUAACACUCUGCUUAGCCCUUUCUGCUCCAUUUUUGAGACUAAAAUUCUAUCACAUAAACAUGACUUUUAAAAAAAAGAUAUAUCACAUAGCUUUCUUUCUAAAUUGAUAUUUCGGGGAUUUGCAUAGUACAAAAGUGUGAAAAUCUUGAUAUUUGGGGAACUGCAAAAAAGAAAAGAAGACAUGCCCAGUGUUUCUAGUGCAGCUUAAUGGCUUUGCUAUAGUUAAACUGGAGAACAUUGAUUUACAUUUUCCUGGAGAUGCGGUAGCAUGAGGUGGCAUGCUUCCCAGCAUGAUUAGAAACCGCUGUGCUGAGGACUGGGGUACAAUUGGAUGUUUCCCCUCAUUGAGGUGGUGAGGGGACAGUCUGGACUUACAUCCUCUGAAUAGAAAAGUUGAGUGUUCCUCCUCUGUUUGGAGCUAAGGUCAUUGGCAAGAGUGGUUCCUGAAUCAGAAAACAGCUGGGCUUUGGGAUGAAAGAGACAAAGGAGGCUUGUUAGGCUUAUACUGUGUGGGUAGUGGCAGGUGGGUUGGGGCAGGUUGGGGCCUCCUGCCUAGGGGCAAACAUGACUAUAGCCUAUUGAUGAUUUGAGAAGUGCUGAGGCAGUUGAGUUCGACAACGUGGGCUACUGAAAUGGUUCCCAUGCCCCUUCCUUCCUCCUUCCUCUGGCUUUUAGAACCAGGAGGGACUGAGGCCUGGAGAACCACCCAGAAUGCACCUCUUUGGAAUGGAGAGCCAAGUGAAGCAGUCCCGUCAGUGGGCUUUUCUCUUUUGCACAUCACCUAGAAAGCUGUUGGUGUGAAACAAAGAUUUUGUUGGCCGCAGUCAUUUUAGGCACAUUAACAUGCCCUCCAGCGGGAGAAAGGAAGUGCCUGUGAAGUGGAAGGAACAGCAGGCAGAAAUACAUAAAAGGCCAUUGUAGGUGGCUCACUCAGCCCUCUGUGGCACUGGGCAGCCCUUCUUGUCAGGGUCCCUAGAGAAAAGGGAAGGCCCUUCUCCUGCCAGAAGGCAGCACAUGACAGCACAGCCUAGCUGAGCACUUUUCACUUGAAGUUGGUACAUGUAGUAUUGCUAUCUUGGGCUUGAAAAUAUAAUGUUCCAGCUCCUGACCACCCAUGGGGCCUCUUGCUAGGUAAUUUCCUUGUGUCUUAUCAUUGAUGUGACACCCCCCCCUCCAGUGUCAGCCCAUCCCUGAGCAGUCCACUGACAGCAGCAUGCCUGCCUUCUCAGCAGCAGCUCAGCAGCCCUGUCCUGUGUACCAAAUUGCCUGCCAAUUAGUGCCAAAAGUUGAAGGGUCUUGGAGAGCUGCCUCAGCUAUAAAGCGCAAGGAGUGAGAUGUCUGAAGCUCACUCUACUUUUCUUUCCUUGAUAACCCAGCUGCUGGCACCUCUGUCACUGCUGCCAAUAUCUUUCCUUGUCGCUGCCCGCGGUGUGCUUGGCUUUAUCUCUCCCUGUCCAGAAACACACCCUUGGGAUGGGUGAGGCCCAGAAGGCCAGACUCUGCACAGCGGCAACUAAUGAAUAACACAGAUUGUUUCAGUUUGAUUCUUUCCUGUGCUGCCAGGUAAUAGCAACCGUGGUGGUACUGCUAUGCCCAAAUUGUGGUGGUGGUACUAUGCCCAAGUUUAGUCUUGCCACACCUUUCCUCACCUCUGUUCACCCAGAAUGUGUUUUACCUGCGCUGCCCAUGGACAACCCCCCCCCGUCAAACAUGAUAUCUAAUGGAGCUUCCCUGUCUAGAAAAAGUAUACUUCUGAGUAACAGCUGCUGGGAACAAGCAACAUGGCUUGAUUCCUUCUUCUCAGAUUCCCAGAGGCAUUUGCAUGAUGGGCAAUAUGGAGACAGGUGAAGUGCCCAAGACCACAAAACAAAAGUGAAGUCCGAGCUCCAAACAUAGUAUCACAACUCAAAACCCUCCCCACAAAAGUUACAGCCAGGUUGACUCAACAUGAUGCAGCAUCAUGCUCUUCCAGAUUCAGAAAGCCUCGUAAUAAUGCUGCAACCAUUACAUCUCCACACAGUGCAAUUUUAUAUAUCAGUGCUGCAAGGUUUGGUGACGGCCACUAACUUGCAUAUCAUUAAAGAUGUAUUUAAAAAGAAUUAGAGAAACUAGUGGGGGAUACAUUCUAUCGACAGCCAUGUAGCUUCCUGGCUAUAUGAACCUCCAUGUUCAGUGGAAGUCUACAUCUGAUUGCCAGGUGCUGGGGACAAUAAACAAGGAAAGGCUUCUGCUUUCAUGCCGUGCUUCCACAGACAUCUGGCUGGUUAAUCUUAGAAACAGGGAGCUAAACAGGAUGAACCCUUCCUCUGAUUCAGAAGGGCUCUUAUUUAUGUCCUUAGCUAACCCAGUUACCACUAUUCUGCCCAACGCAUCAUUUUUUAAUUUUAAUUUUUGCUUCACAACUUCAUUUCCUUCCCAUGUCUCCAUCCACCUACCCCGAAUAAUUUCCCCUUUAGUAUAUACAUUUUAGCCCACGUUGUAAUAUUUGGUUUCUAUUUAAAACAAACAAACAAAAAAAUCUCCUUUUUUUCCUUAAAAAGAAAACAAAGUGGCUUAACCUCAAGCAGCCAGGUCAAGCAGGAAGGCUAUAAAACUCUCACAAAAGAUGCUCAGACUUGGAAUGAGACUUGGUGAGUCUCCAGGAGAGAAGAGUUCCACAACGGUGGAACAUUCACAGAAAAAAAUGUCUCCCUACAUGCCCUUCUGAUCUUAACAUUAUGGAAAGGCAGUGACCUUGUGAACAUGUUUUCCCUAUCAUUGCAAAGACCUUCUAAUGUCUGCCAGUUUCAUUUAAUGGCAGUGUUGGCUGGUGCCCAUUUGGACUGGUAGGGUGGAAGGCAGGGAGGCCAACAGCAGGGGGAGCCAAGUAAUUCUGGUGUUGUCCCCAUCCUCCCUGCUGAAUUCUACAAAGGCAAGUCUGAGACUAAGGAGGAGGAAGCAGAGAGCCAGGACCACCCCUUGUACUGGUUCUAAGUAUAAGGAGGCAGGGUGGUGGCUGGCUGAGGACAGACUAAGGUUGGUGCCCCAUUUACCAUAAUGAGCCUGCGUCCCUGCUUGGUGGCUACAGGAAAGGUCUUGUUCAUGUUAAUUCCCAGCCUUGUCAGUAUAUGCAUCCACAUUUUGGCCACAGCCUCCCUCCCCAGCCCACCCCACGUUCCCAUCUAAACCAUCAGUCUGUUCCUAGGUAGAUUACUUCAAGGAAUGUGCUGAAACAAGGGCUUUCCAGCAAGUUUAAGGAACCAAUAUACCAAUAUUAAGAACAAUGCCUCAGGUAGGGAGAAUAUGAAUGUGGCUAUUAUCCACAGGAGGCCUCAGAAACAGUGCCAUCUUCAUUUUUGUCUGGAAGGAGACAUCCUGUGCCCUGGCUAAAGAAACCGUGGCUUGACAGGCUGAGGAGAGGCAGACUGGAUGCCUCAGCACUGUCCCUGGCUGAACCCUGCCGUACGUAGUCAGGCAACGAAACAGAAACUCUCCACAGGGUAGCUGAGCUCCCCAGGCCUUGGGAAGGCUGCGCAAGCCCAGGCUUUGCCCUUACGGCCAAACAGCUCAUACAGGAUAGGGAGCUCAGUCUGCCAGCCCUAGGCAGCUUCACAAGGCAGAUCACUUCAGCGAAAGUACUUCCUCUAAAUGGCACCAAGUACAAUUUGGUCCUGCCCUUGUAAAUACUACACAAAUCAGAUUGAGGAGCUUAAAAAAAACUUAGUAGAGGGUGGAAUGGAAGAUCAGCACAGUACAAAACCUAGUAGUCUGGUGUUGAAUGGAGCAGGAGAUGCGGAAUCCCAUGAAUCUCAAGAUUCAUAUAUAACGAAAAAGGAAAGCUGUCUAACCCACAUUGCACUGCUCCUGUACAAAUGGAAGGAAGGUUUGUGGAGCCAGUCUGUGGUGCUUUCUAGUUUUUUGUUCUUCGUAGAUGUGGAGAUGCUGGCACAUCUACCACAGAACCUUGAACCACAAUAGAUCCCAUAUAUAAAUCUACCCACCUACUCCCUGUGCUCUUAAGAUCACCUUAGAGAGCUCUAUUCUCACUUUCUCAGGUGAGAGAGGUGGCUUCAAGACAAAGCGUCUUCUUGGUGUUUUAUUGUAGAAUUCACUUGCUGAGGAAGUGCCAAAGUGUCGUCACUACUGAGUUUUUGGAAGCUGGUUAGGACCCAGUUUUAUAAACUGCUUAGUUCUUGCUGCUUAGUUCUGUUUAUAAGAAUGCUAUGGACUGGUUUUGCUGGGCUGUGGCCUAUUCCCGGGUUUUAUUCCAUUUGUUGCAGUUUGUACUGUCUCAUUUUAUUCGUUAGCCAGCUUUUGGGUAGCAAGGCAGGAUUUGAAAUGAAAUUAUUUUGUUUGCUUCUGCUUUAGGUGGGGAAAAGUUAUCUCUAGGGACACGAUGCAUUCUCCCCCCCCCCCCCAUUUUGGUCACGCCGGUGUUCCAGUGUGAACACCUGCCCUGCCAGAAAACUGGGAAGCCCAGCAUAGCCAAGAAAUGGAAGCUGGGACCCAUGAUAAGUCAGCCUGGAUAGCUCGGUUGGUUAGAGUGUGGUGCUGAUAAUGCCAAGGUUGCAGGUUCACAAACGUACACGGGAGGCAAGUGCAAGUAGCAUUAUGGAAGAACUGGGAGCCUAACGUUCUUAAAGCAUAUCCAACCAUUAAUGCUUAAGGUGAGGAAGGAAAGAAUCAAAGAUAUAGGACUCUAAGAAGCUACUGCUAUGGGAUAACACCACCUAGCAAUAUUUUUGCACCCAGGAGCCUCUCUAACCUUGGAGAUAGAUAUAGAGAGAGACUGUAGACUGAAACCAUGAUGGAUAUAUAUGCAGAAAGUACAGUGGGCAGAGAGAAAAACACGCAGCUAACCAAAAUAAAACAGGCAGCUAUUCAGUGUGGCUGUGAUUCAGACUAUGAACUUGGAAACCUUGAAAGGGCAAAAACACACAGCCAGCCACAGGCAUCACUACAGAUUUUCAUCAAGAAGAGCUACUUCAACAGAGAGGGAAAUUGUCAGGCAUGAGCCCAAUCUAUUAUUAUAAUUAGUGCUGUUGUUGUUGUUGUUGUUGCUGCUGCUGCUGCUGCUCUUGCUGCUGUUACCUGCCCUUCUCUGUAAAAUCCCAGGACAGGUUACCUAAAAAAAAAGUAUUAUAGUACAAUAAACUAACCCCACCCCAAAAUACUACAAAGAGAUCACAAUAACUGAAGUGACAAUGCCUCCUGCCUCUUUCAGAAUUUGAAUAAAAAAGGUUGUUGCUUCAGAUGAGGAAAUGCUGUCUUUGGGGCUAUAUAUAUUGGCAUUGGCAUCAUUUUCUUCUCUGUCGCUCUUUUCAGGGAAUGGGUGCAAUUCAGUGUAGAGCUAAGUGGGGAGAACAAGGUCUGCUCAUGGAAUGGGACCUUCCCAUCUCUCCCCACCCCACUCUCUGUGUAUGCCCUAAUCUUGUUCUGGGGGUUCCCUUGGUCUUCCAGAGCAGAUUUAUGGAGCACAGGAAACUCCUGUUGCAUAAGCACACCUUGUUCCAUGCAUGCCACAGUUUAGCUGAAUCCCACCCAUUCCUUCUCUGCCCCAUCACCUCUAUGUGUUGUGAGACUGAAGUGGGGUAUGUGUCUAACAACAACAGUUUUAUUCUUUGUACCCCACCCAUCUACCUGGGUUGCUCCAGCCAAUCUAGGUAUCUAUAUAAUCUGAGAAGCAGGAUGCUGAAAAUUUUAAACACUGAAAAAUUAAUGUCUAUAUUACUGGGGAUGGCAGAGAUUGUUUAACUUGCUCUCAUCUGUGCUGUAAACAAAAGUGCCUGGAUGUGAUUAUUGAUUGAUUUUGUCAGUCUCAUGACCCACCCUUUCUCCAAGGAGCUAAAAGUCCUACAUGGCUUGGGACCCAAAUGCCUGAAGGAGCCCCUCUUCCUUUAGCAUCCUAUCCAAGCCUUAAGAUUUGCUCUUAAGUACCUUUGACAAGAAAGAAUUUGAUGUUUUUGAUGCUCCAUGGUAGGGUUAGGCUCCUAUUCUGAGCAGCAAGAUCUGCCACUUCCUAAUGAAUAAUAAUAAUAAUUUUAUUAUUUAUACCCCGCCCAUCUAGCUGAGUUUCCCAGCAUGAUCCUGCUGUCCCUUUUCAUGUGUGUGUGUGUGUGUGUGUGUGUGUGUACGUGCCUAUGUGUGCAUACAUGCAACAGCUCUUGCUCUGAAUUCUCCUGGCAUCCUGCCCAGUACUUGAUCCCCUGGACAGGAUUGCUCACCUUUUACAAAUGAAUCGUUACGUAACGGAAUGGCAUUACAGCCGCAGCUGCUGAUUGACAAGAGCCUCUGUGCAUCUUCAGGGGAGCCAAUGGAGGAUAGUUGCCAGCAGGUUAAUGCUCUUAUGGAGCUGCGCCUUCAGUCUGUUGCCUCUCUCCACCCCCCACUCUGUGAGCUUAGCAUCCGCUAAGGGAGGAAGCAACACAAACUGGAUGGCAACCUGUUGUGGGGCUUUUCCAUGGGAUAUUUUUGUGAAACCAAUGCGUAUUUCUUUCUUACUUUGUUGUAUUCAGCCUAGGCUAUGCUUCUGUUGCAGAGAUAGGGCACUUUCCAGGCACUGAAAAAAAGAGAUGUUUUGUUCCUAUGGAAAAUACGAUUCAUUGCAGCUUCAGUUGAUAUUUUGGACUGUGAUGGCACGAGUGUCAUGGACACCCACAGCAUAUUGCUUGGGAUGAGAUUAACAGCAAGUGGCACAAGUCCCCUGUCCUUAGGACUAUUGUCUGUUGAUAUACUGCUUUCCAGCCCAAAGGCCCCCAAAGCAGCGCACGGCAUGUUAAUAUAAGAAAAGAAACAAUAAAAGGGCAAGAUGCAGUAAAUCAUCACAACAACAAUAUGCUGGCACUGUGUUGUGAAUCUCUGUCUCUCUCUCUCUCUAUAUAUAUAUAUAAACAUCUCACAUAAAUUUGUAAAAGUUUCAGAUGUUACAGGGUCCCUUUAUAUUUGGAGAGGUGGUCGUUCUUCUUCUAUCCCAUCUCGCCAUUUCAAGACAAAGCAAAACAAAACAUGACAACAUGGAUAUCCCCUUUCACAAAGCUGUCUUUCCCCUGCCCACUCCCAAACACACAGGUACCCUCUAAUCCAUGUGGAUGGGAUAUAGUGCUUUUGGAAUUAUGGGCCUAUUACUAAAACGUAGUUGGGAUGUGCUUCAGUUAUUCCUGCAGAAAGCCCUCAGAAGAUAAAUCCUCAGGUGCUUCUGGAGCUGUUUAGCAUGCGGCAAUAGAAGGAUUUGAAGUUCCCACUCCAGUCUGCGUUUCUGGAUGGACAUGCAAUUUAGGUGUCACUGCUUUCCUCUUUUUCUUCUAGAUUCCUUUUGACUGCUGUAGCUCUACUGUCCAGCUACUCUAUCCACUUGCUGCUCAAAUCCUCAGGGAUUGUCGGUAAGUACUACAAACCUUCUGUAAAGCCCACAAAGUGGGCUUAAGUUAAGCCCUGUCUCACGCUUGUUAUAUUUUCCUUUGUGCUGUGGACCAUUCCAUCUCUGGCCUUCAGUGAAUUUCCAGGGUUUGUGAGUGGAAGAGAGAUCCCUGCCUGGAACCCUGGAGAACCACUGUCAGCCAGUGUGGGCCAUGCUGGGCUCGAUGAACCAGUGUCCUGAUUCAGUGCAAGGCAGCUUCCUGUGCUUCUGUCCAAAGCGGAUGUAUUGAGCUGCCAAAGAGUGCUCUCCAUAAAUGCCUUCACUGCCUCUCUGCUCAAGCGAUGCCUGAAUUCAGAGGGAAGGUUGUCAGCACCAGAAACCUUCACUGGAAUGAAAAUCUCUCAAGGCAGAAGGAUGAUGCAAGCAGAGACGUGGACUUUUCAGACUUCUGCCUGUGCUUUUGAAGAUACGUAAUUUGCAUUUGUUUGAUUUGUAUGUAAAAAUAGAGAAGUUUUCACUCCAGUGCUUUCAUUAUGGAUGGGCAGGGUUGGGGAGGAGGAAAGUAUUAGGGUUUAUCGAGCUUUAAAGGACACCAAGCAAACAGGGAAGCAAAAUGUUAUGAAAAGCAUACAGGUUGAUCGUAUACAGGUUGUAGAGGAACAGCUUAAAUGCUCUGAUGGUCAGCCAUCCCUCUGCUCCCACAUCAGAUCUCUAGGGAGGCAGUUAGCACCCUCAGUUCCUUACACAGCAAACUCAGCUCAUUAUGUCUCCUAGUCUUUGUCUUUUCUUGGACAGACACUUUUCCAUCUACCUGGUUGGGCAGGUGAAUUCAGAUAAAUCAUCAACUCUGACCAUCAUUUGGGCUUCUUGGGGUAUCUUAGGUCCCAUACAGACAUCAUCACUCAAAGGUCGCUGGUUAGCAGCACUGUAUUGUCAAAUCUAGGUACUGUCUUGGGGCAGCCUUCACUGAUAGUCACAGAACUCUGAUAGGAAAUGCAAAUAGUUUCCACGGCCCCUUUAUGCACUAUAUUAUUCAGCAACAGGAAUGCUGUAAUGAUUCCACACCUUCUUGGGGCUAAUAAUAAUAAUAUGUUCAUGCAGACAGUUUGAGUACUUGACUUUUAAAAAUGACUCUUAGGUGAUCAGUGUAAUCCCUGUUACAUUGGCCUGAAGUCUCAGUUUGUCCAACAGUUGUGUGUUUUGUACAGAUGUGAGUCAUUUUGUCUCUCUCUCUUUCUCUCUUGUCUAUUAAUUUUUGGUGUUGUCUAGGAAUCCGAGCCUACGAACAGCUGGGCUACAGGGCUUUUGGAACUCCAGGGAAAUUGGCAGCUGCCGUUGCCAUCACACUUCAGAAUAUUGGAGGUAAGGAAGCCAUGGAAAGGAAGCAGCUAUGGAGAUGGCACAGAGACACACACCAGUUCCCAUCCCAGGAAGGCUUUCUGACAGCAAAGUGGGCCACGGUGGUGUUCCCAAGCAUCUUUACUCCCCUUCAUCUGAAUGGGACUCUUUUGCACCCUGUUAACUUCUGUCUCCUUCCCUAGCCAUGUCCAGCUACCUGUACAUUGUGAAGUCUGAAGUGCCUCUCGUCAUCCAGACCUUCCUCAACCUGGAGGAGAAAACAACGUAAGUGUCCUCCCCCUUUGGCUCCUGCCUUUGUCUCUCCUACUUACCUACCCAGACAAUUUCUGCAACCACCAGGGGCCAUAGCACCACAUGGUUGUGCUCAGCAGAAGGUGAACAGUUAUGGGGUGUCAGUGGCACGAGAUGAGGAUGAGAGGUGUUGCUCUAUCUGCCUUGUUCACUCUCUGCCCUUCUUCCCAAUGUCCAAUGGAAGAGCCUGACUGAUGCUGACUGUCAGUGGGGAACAACUGGCAAACCCUGUCCCCCAUUUUUACUUAAACCUGAUCCAGGUGGGUGAUCUGCUCCUGGUUCUUUUGUGGGCUUCCCCUAUGGCCCUUGCUGCUUCACAUGACAUGCAGUAGCAAACACUCACAUUUCCACCACAUUUGUAUGUGGCAAGGAGCUGAGUAGCCAAAUCCAGUUCUGUGGCGCAUAUACUGCUAUCAGCCUUGCUGCAGGAGAAGGGCAAUAACUCAAAGGGAAGGGCACAUUCAUUGCAUGCCAAAGGUCCCAGGACCAGUCCAUGGCAUCUCCAGGUAAGGCUAGGACUAUCCCUUGCCUGAAGCCAUGAAAAGCCGCUGCCAGUCUGUGUAGACAGCACUGAGCUAGGUGCCCUCAUCGUUUGACUUGGUAUAACGGGUCAAGUAUACCCAGCACCUAACAGAUUAGAAUUGGCUUUCUGUAACUUGGGUUUCCAGCUGUUUUGGGGCUACAACUCCCAUCAUCCCUAGUUAGCAGGACCAGCGGUCAGGGCUGAUGGGAGAUAUAGUCCAAAAACAGCUGGAAACCCAAGUUUGGGAAACUGUGGAUUGGACUAUAGCCAUGAGAUUGUGCAGAGGGUGGGAGCCAGGCAGUGGCAGUGCGGAGGCUGCUGAGGAAUGAGGCUGCGGUGGCUGCUCAACAGACCUGCCUUGGGCUUUGCUGUGUGGCAAGUUGGUUUGGGGACACAUUGUGGUUGUGGCCACAGACAGGCCUGCUGGAGAGGCUGGCCAAGAGGCAAACCUGCGAGGCAAACAGGUUUCCUUUGGGUUAUCAGCCCAGGCUGCCCCUUACCAAGGCAGCCUUACCUACAUACACUUACGCAUCUUUUUCUCUCUCGCAGCCAUCUUCCCCCUUCCUUUAUUCAUUCUCCUCCCUCCCUGCUUGUGGCUCAGCUCUAGCUAACAUCUCUCGCUCUCACAGCAGAGGGAUUUGCCUCCUGCUGAGCAGCCUGUCCCAGGGAUUUCACAGCAUUAAGCCACUACUAUUUUUGAUUGACGCCAGCGCUGAAUAAACCCUCGGCAUGGGAUUAGACCAGAGUGAACUUCCAAUCCUUGCACGAUGCAUCACUUCCUCCUCCGCCCCUGCCCUGGAUGCAGCAGCCCGAAUCGUGAUUCUGCUCACAGGCUGAGUGGGCUCCAGAAACCCUUUUGCCAUGUGUCACACUUAGCCUGUGUGCAAGGCACCAACCUUCUCUGGUUGCUGAGGGGUUAAUGCAGUGAGUUGGUACACCCUAGAGAGUCCUAGGGUGUGAUCUGAUGGUAUAUAGGGGGGGGCAUUUUGUUGAAACUCAGGAGGACUGGGUCUGGUCAGUGCCUGAAUGAUGGGAGAUUACCUGGGAAUCCAAUGGAUACUACCUUGAUUUCUUUGAUUGAAGAAAGGGUCGGGGAUAUAAAUUUAAUAAAGAAAUGUGCUGGUUCACCAUCAGCCGUCAGGGAGUCUCUCACUCCCAGGUGUCUUUGGUGCUCACCUGAGACAUGUCAAGUGCUGAGCCAACAGCAUCCUUCCUUCCCUUGGUGUGAUACGCACUCCACUUAGUUCUUGGGGAGGUUUAUGCCCAACUGGCCAUGGCUACUGUAGCUGCAGGCUAGGAAAGGGUAACCCAGUCGGUCAGAAUAGUAACACAGGUGCCUUGAUGAUCUAAUGGUCAUCUCUUGCUCUGCCUAGUUUCCCCUCUGCCCGCGCCCGUUCAGCCCCGGGAGGUUGCCCAUGGGAGACUGUGGCAGAAAAAGCGUCCCCCACCCCCUGUACUAGGCCCUGCUUUAUCUGCUGACUUACUAUUAGGAGAAGCCCCUUGCUGCUGUCACUGCUGCCCCAUAUUGGGUACAUUGGACAAGACUGAAUGCAUUGCAGUUCUGCCCUCGGACUGUACAGUGGGGCAAAUAAUUGUUUGACCUGGGGGCCCUGUACUUUGAGACUCAUAGUGCCUGACAGGAAGCAGAAUUUCUUUACCCCAUGCCAUUUUCAGUAGUUCACCCUACCACCACUACCACUUCUCUUUUGCUUUCUUCUCUCUCUCUCUCUCUCUCUCUCUCUCUCUCUCUCCCCCCUCCCCCGUUUCCUUUAAAGACACUCCCCUUUUGCCUUUGUGAAUUUCUGUACUCCAGCCCUUUCCCCCCUUAACCUCCUCGCAUAGAAUAAAAUAACCAGCACAAACCUCCCUUCCAAAAAUCUUAAUGCAGAUUGGGUAAGCAUAUUGUUGUACAGAUUACCUUGGUGUUUCGGUUGCAUGCUUUAUAUGAGAUGGGGCAGAAUUCUGAGUUGCCUGUUGAAAACCUCCUCCGCCUCACAGAAAGAUUCGUGAGAUCUUGAAAUGCCAUGGGGUAUGUGGGGUAGUGGGGAGGAGAAGGUCAGCAGUGGGUGGGGAGAGGCAGGAGAGAUCAGAGAGCCAAACCAACCUGCCUUGGAACUGAAAGCAAAGCCAGCAUGUUGCUUCACUUUAAGCUCAUCUGACUUUAUACACUCUGACAGGGCAAACAGCUAUAGGGCUCUGACUUUCACAGGGAAAGGGACAGAUUCAGCAGGAUGAGUGGAAGUCAGUGGGGCAAGCUACAUGGCUUAGCCUCAUGCGCACAGCACAGCCACAGCUGUCCCCUGCAAAGAGCAGCAUUAUUCAUUCAUGAGACAGGGAGGUUUGUGUUGCCUGGGCUGUGCUGAGAUACAAGGCAGAUCAAAGCUUGACGCUGGCUUUCAUGUGAACCUCAAUGUCCAACGUACAGGGUCAUUGCUGCCUGCCCUGCAGGCUCAGUUAGGUUUGGCUUGACCAAACAACACUGCUGUGGCUGGAAGGCUAGGACAACGUUGCAGUAUUUUGCUUACAUGUACACUGUAUUGCUCCCCUUAGAGCACCCAAUUCCAUGUCCCAUUGAUUGUGAACUUAGUAUGUCAACGUAGUUUUAUAUUUUCUACUGUUUUGGUACUUUUUUUGAUAAGCAGUAUACAGAUUUUAAUAAAUGAGAAAAUAAAAUAUUGAAUCGCCUUUCCUCCAGGGAGCUCAGACCAACAUAUUAGGGGUUCUCAGGUAGUCCCGCAUCCAAGGAAUUUUCAGUUCUGAGUCCAUUUUCAGGUUUAGGGAGUAAUAUGAUGAUGAUGAUGAUUUAUAUCCAGCCACUCUGGGCGGCUUCCAACAGAAUAUUCAAAACACAGUAAAACAUCAAACAUUAAAAACUUCCCUAAACAGGGCUGCCUUCAGAUGUCUUUUAAAAGUCUGAUAGUUGUUUAUUUCCUUGACAUCUGAUUGGAGGGUGUUCCACAGGGUGGGCGCCACUACCGAGAAGGCCCUCUGCCUGGUUCCCUGUAACCUCGCUUCUCGCAGUGAGGGAACCACCAGAAGGCCCUCGGAGCUGGACCUCAGUGGGGGUGGAGACGCUCCUUCAGGUAUACCGGGCCGAGGCCGAUCCCAUCUGAGAUUUUGGUGCUUAGUUGUCCAUUAUCCACUUCUAAGUAGAGCUGAAAUUCUAUUUUAGAAUGUUAAUUCAAGCGGGUCAAGUUUUAUAACCUGCAAAACUGCACCAAAGUUCAAGUUUAUGAGGUGAUGUCGGAAGAUACUCUCCUGCAUCUAACACUGUAGUCAGUGUCAGAUACUGCAGAGUUUCUCCUGACACUGCCCCACACAAAUUUAUGCUUACAGUGUGAACAAAACUUGCUGUGUGGAAAGCUCAGCGGGGUCUGAGGGCACAGGAUGCUGUCACCUUGGUGAAGCUAAGCAGGCCUGGGCCUGGUCAGGGCCUGGGUGGAAGCUCCAGGCCUUGCAUCACCUGAUGAUAUAAAUGUACUAUUAAGAGUUUUCUCAUCCAAAGGCCUGCAGAGGAUAUAAUGUUGACCUUUGUCAUUCCAGGGACUGGUACAUGAAUGGGAACUAUCUAGUCAUCAUGGUCUCUGUCAGUAUCAUCCUCCCGCUGGCCCUCAUGAAACAACUGGGUAAGUCUCCCUGAGCAGCGGAUGGGAAUGAUGAGCAUAAUCUCAGGAAUUUGUCUUACCUGCCAUUUAUGGAGGGUUACCAGCAGCUGCUUCAGUGGGUUUGUUGUGCAAAAGGGUAUGUCGAUUACAUGGGAGAGAUCCACACAAUUUUCAUAUAUAUGCACAUAUUCCUUAGCAGCCUGAGAUCACACCACAGGGAAAUGGCUCCCAUGCAACGGGGUGGGUGGGGAAGGAGGCCUUGGUUCUGUCUAGUCCUGCCAGAAAGUACCCAGAAUCACCCGUUACUCCACAGGUUCCCCAUCCAGACCUGAGAGAGUGACAGAGGGUGAUUCAUGAACCCAGAAACCCGCCAUUUCUCAUGGCAGUUUCUGCACCCUGAACAGAGUUAGGGUCUGUAACACCUGAGCAAGUGGAGAAUGAUCCAUUCCAGAAGUAUUUCCAGACCCCUGCAACUUUUUGUUUUCUCUCUUCCCAGGUUAUCUUGGUUAUGCCAGUGGUUUCUCCCUCAGCUGCAUGGUGUUCUUCCUUAUUUCGGUGAGUUGUUGAAUAGGGAGCAGCUGCUUGUAUUACUCUCAAGUCCUCUCAGUAAUUUUAUUUCUUGAUAGCACAACCCUGGGCACAUCUAAUUAGACAUAAGCCUCGUUGAGUUCAACAGGGCUUACUUCCAAAUAAGUAUAAAAUGGUGGUCUUGUUAUUAACUUAUGGCAUUUUUAUAUUGCCCUCCUAGGAGUUUGGUGCAACAUAUCUAGCCCACCCCCACCCCUCCGUCCUCGUACCACUUUUAUCCUCACAACAAUGCUGCGAUGCAGAUUUGGCUGAGAGAUUGUGAAGGUCAGCCAGUGGGCUUCAUGGUUGGGUGGAAAUUUGAACUCAAGACCCUCCAAUUGUAAUGCAGCACUCCACGUAUUACACACCAUGUCAGAUCUCCAGCCAAUUAUAGGCCUUUGUGGUCACUACUGUCAGCUCCCUCAUUGGCAUUAGUUGCUUAGAGAUCCAAUUAAGAGUCUUCGAAGGGAAGUGGAACAACAAGAACAACAAGAAGCAUACUUCUUGUGAAAUGUUCAUUUCAGAAGAAGAGAGUUUGGUGUAGUAAUGAAGUAUCAUACUAGGACCAGGAUUCAAAUCCCUGCUCAGCCAUGAAGCUCACUGGGUGGCCUUCUUCCAGUCACCAUCUCUCAGCCCAACCCACCUCACAGGGUUGUUGUGAGGGUGAAAGCAGGAUAGGGGGAAAGUGAAGUGUGUCUGCUUUCCUGAGCUCCUUGGAGAAAAGCCAAGAUGAAAACAAAUAAAAAUAAGAUCCCCACUGGCAGGAUUUUACACUUAGGUUCCAUGGGAACAGAGCUUCAGAGCCUGGCACUUGCUGUGAAACCAUCAUUCUCUUGCUAGUAUCCAGCAGUCUUAACUGAACCUGCUCUUGAAAUGCCCCCGCUGCAUUCACACCAGUAGGCUGACCAAAGAGCAGAAUUCUGUAUCAGUUCCUGCUGCAAAACUUGGGUGAUGACUCCAGUUUUGCAAGUGCUGUUGAACUGUCAGAGUGGAUAGUGAGCAACGUGCCCCCAGCCAUUUCAGCAACAGCCAGCGAGAGAGAAGCGUCACCGCAUUCUUGCUUCCUUGUCAGCAACACUGAUCUAUUUCUGGACAAAGAUGAAGCCUCGUGCCGAUGCGCAGGGUGAAGGGAGAAAGCUGAGAUCUCAGUGAAUGGGGCUGUCCCUGCUCACUCAGUCCCACAGUUCACUGGGAAGGAGAUGCAGGCGCAGUCAGUGGGGUUUUGUUUUCCUGUUGUCUUUUACACCCUUUUAAGCUGCCAUCAGCCCCCCAAGAAAAGCCAAAUCUUAAACUUGAAGAAUUCAUUUAAUCACACAAAAUACUGGUGUUUGAAAAAACAGUCGCAGGAAGUAUUCAUAGCAAAUUAAGUCACAUCCUUCACCCUGGCUUCUCAUCAGGACAACUACCCUAAGGGAAUCUUGCUUUUUCUAACACCCCAGUUCUCUAAAUAUGCGUAGCUGUGAUAUCUUGCAGAAUAUAGCUGCAGCGUGAUUCUCACUUGGGCUACUUUGUCCUGCUUGCACUCGCUGUUAUAAUGGGUUGCGACCAAACAUUAGGCACGAACGGUUGUUCUACACAGCUAGCUAGCAUGGUGGUGGCCCAAAUGUUUUUAGAAUGCCUUAAAUGGGAGCCUUCUCCAUUCCCAUCUCCACACCAUCAUUUUUUUCUGUCAGUGGUUGCACCAGCACAUGGCCUUUUCUGAUGUGGCCCCUUGGUAGUGGAACUCCCUCUCUAAAGUGGUUUGGUUGGCACUCUUUCUACGGACUCGUCCACACCUCCAUUUGCCUGCCUGCAGGUUACCGCUGAAUGGGACCAAACCAAUCAGCUUUACCAUGGAUUUCCAUUUGUUCUAAUUCAAUAGGUAAGAGUGGAAAAGCUGCAGGCCAAACACAAAACUGCACGUGUUUAUAUGCUGCCUUUUUCUCCAAGGAGUUCACAGUGGUGUCCAUGGUUCUCCUCCACAUUUCACCCUCACAAUAACCCUGUGAGGUAGGUUAGGCUAAGAGAUGGUGACUGGUCCAAGGUCACCCAGCUUCAUGGCUGAGUGGGGAUUCGAACCUUUCUCUCCCAGGUCAUAGUCCAACUCUCUAACCAUUACACCACACUGACUCAUACAAACACCCACAAACACAUUUAUUGUCUAUUGUUGAGACUGAUCUAAGGCAAAAUAAGCCCAGGCAAUUAUUCCUAACAGGGUUUCUUGAUCCCAUCUCAGGUCAUAUACAAGAAGUUCAACAUUCCCUGUCCUCUUCCUGACCGGGUCAACACCACCGUCAGCCUCAAUUACACACCAGUCAGCAUGAACAACAAUCAGGAUGAGCAAGCAGUGGGAGACGGCAUCUGCUCUUCGAGCUUGUUCACCCUCAACUCUCAGGUCAGACUAGCAAACAAUACAUAAAUAUUCAUUAACCUAAGUAACAUAUCAUAUCAAAUCUGGGAAAACCUGUCUGGCUGAAUCUGGUUCUCUGGUUAUAGGAUCAACACUGAGGCUGGGCACUGUGCAGAGACAGUCUUGCAUCCUGAACCACUGGCAGACCAUGCGAUGGAAGUAGAGGGGACAGAUAGAGCUAUAGUGAGAAUGGGUUAGGGUUACCUGCAGGGCAGAUAAAGGGAAGACAGGGUGGUUCAAUGGAAAGACUUGGCUAAACAAUCAGGUUUUGAGACGGGUGUUUGAAGGAGGGAGAGAGAAGGAGGCAGCCUGACAGACAGAAGUAGUGAAGUGGUUUGAAGUGCAAGGAGCAACAUGGCCAAAGGACUAAAAGUGGGUCAUGGAGGGCAGGAUUGCAGAGGAGACCGAGAACUGAUGAACCUGCAUCAGAAGAGCAAGAUGUGAGAAAAGUUCAGUUUGUGCCAAUGAGAGACCCCCCCCCCAACGUAGGGAAGAUCAGGAGCCUGGCUGAGGAGGGAAGGGUUGAACAGUCCUUUUCCCAUGUGAAAAGUGCAAUGUGUAGUUGUACCCCUUACAGGAAGUUGCUACGGGGCUAUGACAACAAAGGUCUUGGAAAUGGGAGCAUUCUCAGUGGUCAGCUGACACCCUCUUCUUCUCCCUCUCUCUUCCUUGCAGACAGCCUAUACUAUCCCCAUCAUGGCAUUCGCUUUUGUGUGUCACCCUGAGGUCCUGCCUAUCUACACGGAGCUGAAAGAGUGAGUGUUGGAUCCCUAGUUGCAGCAUGUACAUUUUGUGCAGAUUGCAUGCAUGCACUGCGCAUCAAGGAAAAUUCUCAGUGAUUCUCCAUUAGACUGCAGCUCCAAGCCAGCAAAUGGCGUGUUUGAUUCCAUUCAGUAAAGAAGCAAGUGUGUCCUUUAUAGAACUCUGUUGAUCAGGCUCCCCUUUCUUUGGUUUGCCUGAACAUCAGCUCCAAGUGCUCAAGGGAACUAGUUCCUGUUUGGGAGAUGCUAGGCAUGCCAUCAGAUAAGCUGUGGCCUUGUAUAGUUUGCUUUGGCAGGAUGAACUGGGGCCAUCUCAGAUCUUGGGCCUUUCAUUCUAGCAGGGUGCUUCUUUGGAGGUGUGUAGAGAAGCAGCUGGGAUUAGAAAGGAAGUACCUUUAAACCAUUAGGAAUUUGGUUCUUCUCAUGCUGUGUUUCUGUCUGUUUUUUAGCCCCACCAAGAAGAAGAUGCAGUGCAUCUCCAACAUCUCCAUCGCUGUCAUGUACAUCAUGUACUUCCUGGCUGCCCUUUUUGGCUACCUCACUUUCUAUGGUAAGUCCCUUCCAUGGGGUACCCAAGUGGUGGAGGAGAGGUAGGCAGUGGGGUGGUGACAAAUGACCUCACUGAGUAUAUACAUACACCUCCCUGGGACCAGAGUGUAGAUUUCCUUGGGUGGGGGGCCUAACACUUCACUAGGACAAACCCUGCAUAUUCUUCUGGUGCCCAAAUCAUUGAUCAGAAUCACAAGUGCCAGAGUUCUUUCCACAUUUUACAAAGCAUUUCCCAGUAGUCAGCCAUAAUAACUAGUUUAGCCCCAUCACAUGCGUUUUGCUAAAGGACUUUUAGAUAAUAAUAGUAACAACUAUUAUUAUUAUUAUUAUUAUUAUUAUUAUUAUUAUUAUUAUUUCCUUUGAGUCCUUCCAUUGCAAACAAACCAAAUUGCAAUAAUACCCCCCCUUUGUCUUGUUAUUUUAAUGUUGUGCAACACAAUCCUAUGCAUGUUUGCUUGGAAGCAAGUAGGAACUUCUGGGGUCCUUUGGGAGGAAGGGCAGUGGUAUCAAUUUAAUACAUAGUAUUCUGUGGGAUUCACUUCAAUUGUUCACAUGCAUAGAUUUAGGGCAGAAACACCUUUCCUUCUAAGAAACAGUUCUGCCGCGCCCCAAACCUGGGAUGCAAAGAGACACCUUGCUUAGGUACACAGCCUGAUCAAUAAUGGAUGUGCUGUUCUCGGUUGUCCCCUGCAGGCCAGGUAGAAUCAGAGCUGCUACAUACCUACAGCAGAGUAGAUCCGUUUGAUGUGCUGAUCCUGUGUGUGCGGGUAGCUGUGCUGACUGCUGUGACACUGACGGUACCCAUUGUUCUCUUCCCGGUGAGUCUCCUUUUCAUCAAAUCGUGUGUGCCUGUGGUUUCCAACACCACAUACCAGAAACCAGUCUAAUUGUCUACUGUCCCCUUUUUAGACUGCCUGCCCAUCCUUGUCUGUAAUUGGUAACUGAACUGAUCAAAUAGUUUACUCCAGAAAUGUACAGUGCCGGCUGUGGCUGAAAGCAGGAAUCAUAGGAUCAUUGCAGAGUUAGAAAGGGCAGCAAGCAAUAUCUAAGCAUCUGUAGAAAACCAAGGGAGAGGGAAAAGAGCAUUAAUGAUUGCUGUGGUGUCUCACGAUUGCUGUGGGUGGAACCCAAGUAUCAGUUUAUAUCUUACCACAGUGACAUGUUUGUUGCUAGGGAUCCAGAGAACCUGGGCACCAUCUGCACAUUUAGCCCUUUGUAUGAAGCAGGGCCCUGUGACUUGGUCCAAAUUUAACCACAAAAGUAAAGAUCUGAAAAGAUCAGCUCCGCCUACCUGGAUGCUGCUUAACACAACAAGCUAAACUCAAAACGGAGGGAUCUGCAGAACAAGUUCCCAACAGCAACCACAAUGCUGGGAUAAAAGUAUUUUUCCUCUGGAGCACCCCACCACCACUACCGAACAUCAGUGUUGCUGCAGCUUUCCUGGUGGGGUUGCAGCACUGCAGCAGUGAGGUCAGGGCUGUGUGGAUGCACUGAUGUAGCCAAUCUGGUGGUUCUGCUGGUGCAUCCACACAGCGCUGACAGCCACCCUGCCCUAACACAAGCUAGGUAAGCUGCAGCAACACCGAUGGUGGAAGGUUGGCAUAACCCCAUUAAAUAGGCCACUACUGCUAGCUUCCAUUUAAGUCAAGGCUGUUGGUGGUUGGUUGGGUAGUGGAUUGAAUUGGCUGGGAUAUGGACAGAAGCAACCAGAGCCCACCAAAAUGCAGGUCACCAAAAGGCAUUGGAGUCCAAAAUCAGAAGAGAUCACGUUUAUGCCCAGUGGAGCGAGGGGACAAAUGGGGAAUAUGGUGUCAAUGCAGGCCUAAGUUCUUGUGCAGUUAAGAAUCGUGAAUUAUUCCUUAAGAAUGGAGUCUGACCAUACCUCCCUCCACUCUCCAGGUACGCCGGGCAAUUCAGCAGAUGCUGUUUCAAGACAAGGAAUUCAGCUGGAUUCGGCACACGAUAAUUGCUGUCAUACUGCUGACUUCUAUCAACUUGCUUGUCAUUUUUGCUCCUUCCAUCCUGGGCAUCUUUGGACUGAUUGGUGAGUCCCGCUUUCAAGGGUUCUCUUUUUCCUAACCUCAAUCUCUUUGUUUGCCAUUGCCACACUCUACCUGCACCUUCCCCUUGGGUGAACCGUGCAAAUAUGACUUAUAAUAAUACAAUAAUAUAAAUUUUGGAAGUUUUAGGAAAAACUGUUGGAGAGGAGAUAUGUGUCUUGUGUCCUGAGCAGAUCACUUUCGUUCCUUGUGGUUCCUGCGUUCUGGUAGCCUUUAACAAAGAGAGAUUAGGGAAGUUUAAAAAGCUGGAUACGAGCACUGCAUGGAUUGCCCUUGCACACUAAUACUGUACAGCCAAAUGGGAGCUCACUUUUGUCUGUCUUUAAAUUAUCCUACUUGCUGUUGGGUCAUGGUAUUCCCAUGAUACACUUUGGGCCACAGAAAGGAGGAUAGAUGAGCUGGUUCUUUGGUCGAAAGAGACCAAUUCAUACCCUGGAGGAAAGCAGAGAGCUCUUUCAGCUCUUCUUCCUGUCUCCACUGUGGCUAAGCUUCAGAGCACAUGAGGAAGACAUAAAAUCCUUCAUGUAGAAAAAGUGACUUUCUCAUAACCAAUUCCAAUAUCGUAAUUUUUACUUCCCUGUAAAACGGAGUUGCACUCUGACUUGGACUGUGUUCACAGCAUUUAGAGCACACCCGCAUGGCUUCCCCCAGAGAAUCCUGGGAAUUGUAAUUUACCCUCGCAGAGCUACAUACUUUCCCAGCAUUCUUUGGGGGAAGCCAUGGGCUUUAAAUGUAUGCUGUGCAUUUGUUGUGGGUAUUGGUUUACGGGUAGUACUCCACAGAAGGGCAGUUUUUACACAAAAAUCACCCCUCCGAUACAGCUCUGAUGCUGGAAAAGCAAUCCAGUCUUCACAGUGAUGAAAUAAACUCUUGAGUCAGGAUGAUGAUAGAGACUACUUGGGGGAGAAUAAUUCCUCUCUGCUGCCUUGAGAACAUGGAUGCAACUCCACAUCUCUGGUCUCCCAUUCUGCUGCCCAAAGGCCCCGUUUUCCCAAGGAUCAAGGCUACCGCCAGCAACCUGUUUGUUUGCAGUGUGAUUUCAAAGGACUUAAUUUUUUUCAUUCCCAGCUCCCCAACCACUGUUUGAGGAGAGAAAGAAAACACCAUUCCUAAGGCAGGAAAUCAAUAGCUUGUCUGGCCUCUGCCAGGGAUGUGGGGCAAGGCCAGGGGCCCGUCAGCACAGCUUGUUUUCUUUCUCCUAGGAAAAACAAGUGGCGAAGGGUGGGUGGAUAGCUUAGUGUUCUCCCUUUCUGGAGGGGUGUGUGUGUGUGUGUGUGUGUGUGUGAUUGUCACUAGAAUUUCUUCUCUUCUGGUCUCUUCCAGGUGCCACGUCGGCCCCCUGCCUGAUAUUCAUCUUCCCAGCAAUAUUCUACAUCCGGAUCAUGCCCAAGGACAAGGAGCCCACGAAAUCCCCUCCCAAGAUCCUGGUACGUACUGUUUAGGAACCCAGCUUGGCCUAGAGACCUUUGGGGGUGUCUAUAAAGGAGUGGGGUGUGCUGCUGGUUGUGUGAGGUGUGGGCCUCCUGCCCAAUGGGCCCUCCUAUCUUAGACUGUCCACAUGAGGACAUCGCCCUGCCGGCACUGCUGUUCUUGAACUGUCCUCUCAGUGAAGGCAGUUGUGGGGAUGCUUCUCAUCUGGGGAGCUGCUAAUUGCUCAUGACACCAAUAAUCUUUUCAUCAAUCAAGAACGCAAAUCAGGCCCUCCUAUCUUAGACUGUCCACAUGAGGACAUCGCCCUGCCGGCACUGCUGUUCUUGAACUGUCCUCUCAGUGAAGGCAGUUGUGGGGAUGCUUCUCAUCUGGGGAGCUGCUAAUUGCUCAUGACACCAAUAAUCUUUUCAUCAAUCAAGAACGCAAAUCAGGGGUUCAGAGACAAUCAGAUACCAUCAUAAUUCUGACCGCAGUAACCUCGAGUUCAUAGGUUGUAAAGUCAGGAGCACAGAAAAUCAGUUGGGCCAUCCUUGCAGAUAUACCUCCAUCAGGUUCCCUCUCACCUCUUAACAGGAGAAAAAUUAUGGCUAUUUUAUAUGACCAUAAGGCUUUCUCACCUGGGAAGAGAUCAAUAACUCUAGCUUUGGAAAGCAAAGUUUUUGUCAUUGUAAACAUUAUCAGAGCGAUGUACAAGGUUGUGAAGGUUAUAACUUGUUGUAGAUGAGGGACGACCAACUGCAAGGAUCACUCUGUCCUACAGACAGCGGCCUGGAAGCUAGGGACAAAUUUGGCUGCACAAGACACACUCUUUAAGUAAAGCUGGCGCUAUGUAGCAGCCAGGGUUUCAUAGUGUGGAAGUGCAUGCUCUUGGCAUGCUUGGCGGCUUCAUAGAUAAAACCCAGGUAAGAAGCAAAACAUUGAAUUCUUGGAUAUAUAUUCUCUCAUGCGGCUUCAGGAGACACUUUCUUUUCUUUUUUUUUAAUAAUUUUUUAUUAAGGUUUUGAACAAAGAAAAAAGAAAAACAACACACACACAAAAAAAUAAUACAAAAUUUAACAAUAGAAACACAAAACGUAACAAUUAAAAACAAACUCUCUUUUCCAUUCCCAAUUUUACAUUACUUAUUUUCUGGACUUCCUCAUACCUCCCUCUUUUGUAUUCCAAUCCACAUUAUUUGUCCAGCAGUUUCUUUUCCACUUUUUUAAACCCAACAGGAGACACUUUCUUUCAUGACCAGAAAGUCUGCCUGUGCUUUUACUGAACCAAAAAUGGGCAGGAUUGCCAGGAACCACUUAAAAUUCCUUUGAGAGCCAAAUCUGGCCUGUGAGUUACGAGCUGGCUAUCCUUGAUCUAGGUGAUGGGGAGGUUAGAGGAGCAGGGCUGAAGACCUGGGCCAAAAAGCCCCUUUCCUUUUCUGUGAGUGACCCUCCUUUUCUCCCCCCCCGCAGGCAGCCCUCUUUGCAUGCCUUGGCGUGCUCUUCAUGAUCAUGAGCCUCAGCUUCAUCAUCAUCGACUGGGCAUCGGGUGGCGGGAAGAGCGGAGGCAGUCACUAG